AUGCCUUAUUAUCAUGAUAUUAAUGGUGGAAAUGUCGACAACCAUGACCACAAUAAUACGACAAACCCAAAAUUUUUAAAAUCUAAAUUUGACCAAAAUAUUGAUUUUAUAAAUGAAAAAUCUCCAAUAUACGACACCAACAAUGGCGAUUCUCGGGAGUUCAACGAAAAAAUUCAUCCUGUCAACAACAGCAAUAUUACUGUUGAUACUAGUAUUAAAAGUAUCAGAAAAUUAAAUGCUAAGCGUAGCACGGGCAGUUUAUUCAAAUUAUCGUUGAAACGUAAUAAUAGUAAUAUUUGGAAUUCGUCAACAAUGCCAGAUCUAAACAAUAUAACAAUAAUAACACAACCUCCAAGUCCAAUAGCAAAUUCGGCUCAACUUUGGAAACAAGAUCUUGAUCCAAAUGUUAAAGCUCAAAUGAAAGCUGCUGAAAUUCAUCGACAAGUAAUUAUUCAUGAAAUAAUUCGUACAGAAGAUGAAUAUGUUAAGGAUUUACCAAUAAUGAAGCCAGUUAUACCAAGUGUAUCAAAUGUACUUGGAGACAUGUCCAAAGAACUAGAAGUAUACGAAUCAUAUUUAAUUCAUCAUCAAAUGGCAAUAGCCGAAUUAACAAAUGCACGUAAAAAAAAUAACAAGCUUGGACAAAUUUUGAAUCAUUUGGAUAAACAAGAAUUGCCUACUGGUAAAUACAUGUCAGUAGAAAGUUUACUAGCCAAACCAUUUCAACGUUUAUGCAAAUAUCCAUUAUUAAUUAUGACAUUGUUGAAGGCUACUGAAAAAUCGCACGAAGAUUUCACAUCAUUAAAUGAUCUUUACGAACAAAUGGAUUGUGCAAUUAAAGAUCUUCAAGAACGUAAAUCGGAAUACGAACAAUCAAAAGAAUGCGAAGAAUUCACAAAGAAAUUUUAUACUUUUAGGCCAUUAAAAAAAAUGAUGCACACAUCUACCUCUUUUCUCAGAAAACAUAAUAUUUCACCAAAUUAA